AUGUUGCAGCUUAACUGGGGUGCUGGCGAACCAGCCGCCGCAGCCAGCUCCCAGGCUACAACGACGAUAAAGCCGCGGCGGGGCGAUAUCACAGUAGUGAAAGGGUACGCGCUCCUGGGUACUCUUGGAGUGGGCUCCUUCGGGAAGGUGCGCCUCGGAAUCCACUGCGAAACCGGGCGACGUGUCGCUGUGAAGAUCAUACAAAAAGGGCAGACCGUGAGAGCCGGAGUUCUCAACAAGUUAGCUCGAGAAAUCCGAGCUAUGUCCGGCUUGCGUCACCCGCAUGUAAUACACGUACAUGAACUGAUCGACACACCAACGACUGUGUUUAUCGUCAUGGAGUACGUUGAAGGAGGUGAACUCUUCGACUACAUAUCGCAAAACUCGCGCUUGAACGAACCGGAGGCGGUUCGCAUCAUGCGGCAGAUCCUCUCUGCAGUGCACUUCUGCCACAGCAAAAUGAUUUGCCACCGAGACAUCAAGCCGGAAAACGUACUGCUCGACGGAAACAUGGACGUCAAGCUUGGAGACUUCGGACUCUCGAACUCUAUGCGCUACGGGACGUGCCUGAAGACACCCUGCGGAUCCCCCAACUACGCAUCGCCAGAAGUAAUUUGUGGCAAGAGCUAUUCGGGACCAGAGGUAGACGUAUGGUCCUGUGGCAUCAUAUUCUACGUGCUCCUCUGCGGGUGCCUGCCCUUCGACGAUGACGAAAUGUCAAUACUCUUCAUGAAGAUCAAGUUGGGCAAAUAUCACGAGCCUCCGCACCUGUCGGAAAGUGCAAAGUCCCUCCUAAGGCGCAUGAUCGACGUCAAUCCCGUUUCACGGAUUACCAUGAAGGAGAUCCUGAUGCAUCCGUGGUUCGUCGGCUGUACAAUCGACGGGAGCGGCCCAAACGCGGCCACAUACAUCUCCGGAUUUAGCAGCCCGGCACUCACUUUUUAUCGCAACUACCGCACGGACUCCGGCGAAAACGAGCCGAUCCUACUAGAAAAGCCAGAAGACGAUGACCUGGAACCCGCAAGCGCCGUGACGCUAAAGUGCAGCCGCUUCAAACCGCGAUGGUACAUAGGGCUCCCCGGCUUUAAAUCGGAAUCCCAGUGUGUUACUGUGCUCACAGAAACCUUGAAAGAGCUAGAUUACCAGUGGAGAUUCGAGCCCGGGUACAAAGUCUUUUGCAAGCGAGAAAAUUCGCCACAACACAAGCUGCAGCCACAGUUUGCAAUGCAGCUGUACAAAAUGAAGUACAUGAGCUACCUACUAGACAUACAAAUGAAGACCGGCGAACUUAUGCCGAUAAUGAACGAAGGAAUUCGGCUUGUUGAGGCGCUAAAGCGUAAACUCAAUAUGUCAACACUGCUAAGUUAA